AUGGCUACCACAAAAACUGGUCAGCCUUUAGACAGAUCCGUCUUGGACUCUAUGCUCCGGAGACGGCUGUUCUACACUCCUUCCUUCGACAUUUACGGCGGGGUAUCUGGUCUCUUCGAUUACGGUCCGCCGGGAUGCGCUCUGCAGGCGAAUAUUGUGGACAUUUGGAGAAAGCAUUUUGUGCUAGAAGAAGACAUGCUUGAGACAAGUGGGCACGUGGACAAGUUUGCAGACUGGAUGUGCAAAGAUCCCAAGACCGGCGAAAUCUUCCGAGCAGACCAUCUGGUCGAGGAAGUAUUGGAGUCGCGAUUGAAGGGCGACAAGGAAGCGCGGGGAGAAAAGGUGCAGGUUGACGAAGAAAAGGAGGCGAAAAAGAAAAAGAAGGCCAAGGAGACAAAGGCAGUCAAGCUCGAUGAUGCAGUGGUCACGGAAUAUGAAGAAAUUCUUGCACAGAUCGAUAACUACAAUGGCGAGGAACUCGGUGCUCUUAUUAUCAAACACAAUAUCAAGAAUCCUGUGACUGGUGGUGAUGUUCUUCCCCCAGUGUCCUUCAAUCUGAUGUUCCAAACUGCCAUUGGCCCCAGCGGACAUAUCCCUGGGUACCUCCGGCCUGAAACCGCGCAAGGGCAGUUCCUUAACUUCCAAAAGCUGCUGGAUUUUAACCAGCAGUCAAUGCCAUUUGCUUCUGCGUCCAUUGGUAAAUCCUUCCGCAACGAAAUCUCGCCCCGUUCCGGCCUUCUGCGAGUGCGCGAGUUCUUGAUGGCUGAGAUUGAACAUUUCGUUGACCCUGAGGGUGGCAAGAAACACCCUCGUUUCCAUGAGGUCGAAAAUACGGAGCUAUCUUUUCUGAGCCGAGAAGUCCAGCUCUCUGGAAGCACAAAGCCCAUUCGCAUGACGAUCGGAAAGGCCGUCUCCACUGGCUUGGUAGACAACGAGACCCUUGGCUAUUUCCUUGCUCGCAUUUACAUGUUCCUCAUGAAGAUCGGCAUUGACCAAUCUAAGGUUCGCAUGCGGCAACACAUGGCAAACGAAAUGGCACACUACGCUACCGACUGUUGGGAUGCUGAACUGCUCACUAGCUAUGGCUGGAUUGAAUGCGUUGGCUGUGCCGAUCGCAGCGCGUAUGAUCUCAGUGUUCACAAGAAGAAGACUGGUGCUCCUUUGGUCGUUAGAGAAACCCGAGCGGAGCCGCUUCGUAUUGAAGAAUGGCAAAUUGAUAUCGACAGGAAAAAGUUCGGCCCACGCUUCAAGAAAGAUGGAAAGACAGUUGAAGCUGCCAUCGAUGCCUUAUCUCAGGAGCUUCGUGAAAAGCUCGCCUUGGAUCUCACCAAGGACGGGAAGAUCUCCGUUGAGGUGGAAAAUGUCAACGAUGGAAAGGUCGAACUUGGUAAAGACCUUAUUCAAAUUGAAAAGCGUACUCGAGUGGAAAACGUUCGUGAAUACACGCCUAACGUCAUUGAGCCCUCUUUUGGCAUUGGAAGAAUUUUGUAUUGUCUGAUGGAGCAGACUUACUGGUCAAGAGAAGGAGACGAAGCUCGCGGAGUAUUAUCGUUCCCUCCAAUCGUAGCGCCAACAAAAGUCCUCCUUGUUCCCCUGUCCAGUCAUUCAUCCUUCCAGCCACUUGUUAGGCAACUGACGCUCAAACUUCGCCGUAUGGGCGUCUCCAACCGUGUGGAUGAUAGCUCCGCAAGUAUCGGGAAACGCUAUGCUAGAAAUGACGAACUUGGAACACCUUUCGGCAUCACUGUCGAUUUCCAAUCUGUUAAAGACAACACAUUCACUUUGCGAGACAGGGAUAGCAUGAAGCAGGUCCGUGCUAGCGAAGACGAGAUUUGCAAAGCAGUUAAAUCGCUGGUAGAAGGCGACGAGACAUGGGAGGAUGUGAGGAAACGACUUCCAGAAUUUCUCGGACAAGAGGUGGAAUAA